CGCCCUGUGGAGCCUUCGCACUGUGUCUGUGGCGAGUGCUCGUGCGGCGGUAGGAGUCCGACGCUCCCGCUCUCCCUCCUUUGGGAUAUUGUGUGCCUGGGAGAGUGAAAAUGGCGGUGGAGGGCGAACGCGUGGUGGUGAGACGGGCCCUUUGAGUGCCUGCCCCUGCCUCCCCUACCACCACCACUGCGGGCUGUGAGGAGCGAUUCACAGACACAGACAGAGAGGGUACAGCGCCGCCUACCUCUUCCAGAUACCUCCUCUUCCUCCCUCUCUCCCUCCCUCAUACACACUCACAGACACACACACACACACACACACACAUACAUACACACACGCUCUCUCUCUCUCGCUCUCGCUCUCGCUCUCUUCCUCGCCGCUCCACGAUCAAUCAGUCCUCCGCCCGGUGGAAGCCAUCUUGCCUGAGUAAUCCGCCGCCAUGUCGUCGGUCAAGGUGGCAGUGCGGGUGCGUCCCUUCAACAACAGGGAGAUCGCCCGGGAGAGCAAGUGUAUUAUUGAGAUGGGCGGCAAGACGACCAUCAUCACAAACCCCAAGGCUCCUCCUGGCAGCAAGGAUGGGUCCAAGAGCUUCAACUUUGACUACUCCUACUGGUCCCAUAACGUGAAUGAUCCAUCCUUUGCCUCCCAGCAAGAUGUGUUCAGAGACAUUGGCGAGGAGAUGCUGGAACAUGCUUUUGAAGGCUACAAUGUGUGUAUCUUUGCCUACGGACAGACAGGGGCGGGCAAGUCCUACACCAUGAUGGGCAAGCAGGAAGAGGGACAGGAGGGCAUCAUCCCCCUCAUCUGCAAGGACAUGUUCAACAGAAUUGCUGACACGACAGACCAGGAGCUGCAGUACUCUGUCGAGGUGAGCUACAUGGAGAUUUACUGUGAGCGUGUGAGGGACUUGCUCAAUCCCAAGAAACAGAACAACCUGAGGGUGAGGGAACAUCCCCUGCUGGGCCCCUAUGUGGAGGACCUCGCCAAGCUUGCUGUCACCACCUAUGAGGACAUCCAGAACCUGAUUGAUGAGGGCAACAAGGCCAGGACGGUUGCUGCCACCAACAUGAACGAGACAUCCUCCCGUUCCCAUGCUGUGUUCACUAUUGUCCUGACACAGCGUCGGGAUGACACCACCACCAAGCUGACCUCUGAACGAGUCUCCAAAAUCUCGCUGGUGGACUUGGCUGGCUCUGAGCGUGCAGACUCCACAGGGGCCAAGGGAACCCGCCUGAAGGAGGGAGCAAACAUUAACAAGUCCCUCACUACUCUGGGAAAGGUUAUCUCCGGCCUGGCAGAAGUGGCCUCCAAGCCCAAUAAGAAGCGGAAAGGAGAGUUCAUUCCCUACCGAGACUCUGUACUGACCUGGCUGCUGCGAGAAAAUCUUGGCGGCAACAGCAAGACAGCCAUGGUGGCAGCCAUCUCACCCGCUGACAUCAACUAUGACGAGACUCUCUCCACCCUCAGGUAUGCUGACAGGGCUAAGCAGAUCCGUUGUAAUGCCGUGGUGAAUGAAGACGCCAACGCUAAGCUAAUCCGAGAACUGAAGGAGGAGAUACAGCGCCUGCGAGAGUUACUCAAACAGGAAGGGAUUGAGGUGCAGGAUGCCGGCCAGGAUGACAAGGUCAUCAAUCGCAAUGACAACCGUCCUGCUAAACUUGCCCCAUGUGAGGAGAUCACCAAGGUCAUGAACAGCAAGAACGACAAGGAGACACCCCAGAUCACUUCCCCUGUGUCGACUGUUGCCGAGAAUGCAGUGGAUCAGCUUCAGGCUAAUGAGAAACUCAUUGCUGAACUCAAUGAGACUUGGGAGGAGAAACUGAAGCGCACUGAGAGCAUUCGUUUGCAACGAGAGGCAGUGUUUGCUGAGAUGGGGGUGGCCCUGAAGGAAGACGGGAACACCCUGGGUAUAUUCUCACCAAAGAAGACACCUCAUCUGGUCAACCUGAACGAGGACCCCUCCAUGUCAGAGUGUCUGCUGUAUUACAUCAAGGACGGCUUCACCAAGGUGGGCACAGCUGAGUCCAACAUCCCGCAGGACAUCCAGCUGUGUGGCUCACACAUAAUGCCAGAGCACUGCCAGUUUGAGAACCAGGAAGGUGUGGUGGUGCUGCACCCAGUGACCAAGGCAAUGUGCUAUGUGAACGGCAAGGAGGUGAUGGAGCCAAUGGUGCUCAAGACAGGCUCCCGCGUCAUCCUCGGCAAGAAUCAUGUGUUCCGCUUCAACCACCCUGAGCAAGUCCGUGAGCGCCGGGAGACCAAGUCCCCAGCAGAGACACCCAAUGCAGCAGAGCAGGCUGACUGGAAUUUUGCCCAGGUGGAGUUGCUGGAGAACCAAGGCAUUGAUCUGAAGGAAGAGAUGCAGAAGAGGCUGGUGGCCCUGGAGGAGCAGUACCAGCGGGAGAAGGAAGAGGUGCAGAAAGAGUUUGACAAGGAGAGGAAGAGCUAUGAGGCAAGGAUUGAUGCAUUGCAGAAGCAGGUGGAGGAACAGAGCAUGACCAUGUCCCUCUAUUCCUGCAAUAAUGAGGAGUUUACUCACGAUGAAGACAUAUUUGUAAACCCCUUGUUUGACGCAGAAUGCAACUGGUCGGUACGGGAUUAUGCCUUAGCCUCCUGGGCAUUCCGCAAAUGGAAGUAUCACCAGUUCACCUCCCUGCGUGAUGAUCUCUGGGGAAAUGCUAUCUUCCUCAAAGAAGCCAAUGCCAUAUCUGUCGAACUCAAGAAGAAGGUCCAGUUCCAGUUCACGCUGCUGACGGACACACUGUACUCUCCCCUGCCACCUGACUUCCUGCCGCUGAUGGAUGAGGAAGACGAGGAGGAGGAUGAGGAGGACCGGCCCAUCCCUCGAACCAUUGUGGCUGUGGAAGUUCAGGACACCAAGAACGGUGCCACACACUACUGGACACUUGAGAAACUGAGACAUCGUUUGGAGUUGAUGCGUCAGAUCUACAAUUCUGACGUGAGCCCAUGCUCCCCUCUGCCGCCCUCCCCGCCACCUGCUGAGCGCCCUGCGGAGGAGGAGCUGCAGACCUGCAUUCCAGCGUGUAACCAGGCCAAGCUCUCCCUCUCCCAGCUCCUGCCCACCAGACUCCUCAACACCCGCAUACAGCGCCUGGAGCUGAUGCGGGAGAUGUACCACAAUGAGGCAGAGCUGUCACCCACCUCCCCAGACUACAACAUUGAGAAUUUGACAGGCGGAGAUCCUUUCUAUGACCGCUUCCCUUGGUUCAGGCUUGUUGGAAGAGGGUUCCUGUACCUAAGCAACCUGCUGUACCCUGUGCCUCUGCUGCAUCGUGUGGCCAUUGUCAACGAGCGUGGUGAUGUGAAGGGCUACCUCAAGGUGGCAGUGCAGGCCGUUAUUGUCUCUGAGGAGGAUGCUGUGGAGAGCUCCCAGCCAGCAGGAGUGAGGCAGUCAGCCAGGAUAUCUUUCAAUGAGGGCAGCUUCAAGAGGCCACGUGCCAAGCGAGGGUCCCUGUCAGCCCAGGUACUGGAGAAGAAUACAGCAGCUGCAGCAGAGGAGGAACGCAUUGUGGAGGGACAAGUGGGUCCAGGAGACACUAUCAAGCUGGAAGAUGAGGUAUGUGAGGUGGACAGUGGACGGGGUGACAGCAGUGCCAGUUCAUGUGACAGCGGCAAGUAUGAUGACCUGCCGCCCCACCUGCGCCUUGGACAGGAGCUCACCUUCCGUGUCACAGUCCUCCAGGCCUUUGACGUCUCCACUGAGUAUGCUGACAUCUUCUGCCAGUUCAACUUCCUGCACCGUCAUGAUGAGGCGUUCUCCACCGAGCCCGUCAAAAACACCGGCAAGGGACCCCCACUUGGCUUCUAUCAUGUACAGAAUAUCACUGUCACGGUGACCAAAGCUUUCGUAGAUUACAUCAGGACUCAGCCCAUCGUGUUUGAGGUGUUCGGUCACUACCAGCAGCACCCACUUCACCGAGACUCACGCCAGGACGCCACACACUUCCAGCCCAUCCGCUCCCCGAAGUUCGGCGUGAUGCAGAGCCCAUCCACCUCCCACGUGCACGCCAGGCAUGACCUCCUCGUCUGGUUCGAGAUCUGCGAGCUAGCCCCGAGUGGAGAGUAUGUUCCUGCAGUAGUGGAGCACGGGGACGACCUGCCUUGCCGUGGCCUCUUCCUCCUCCACCAGGGCAUCCAGCGACGCAUCCGCAUCACCAUCGUGCACGAGCAUUCACAGGACCUGGUGUGGAGGGACGUGAGGGAGCUCGUGGCCGGUCGAAUCCGCAGUACCCCCGAAAAUGAAGAUGACAAUAAUGACACCUCAGUCCUCUCCCUUGGAAUCUUCCCUGGCGAGUACCUUGAGUAUCCUGGCGAGGACCGCACUCUCUUCCGCUUUGAGGCUGCCUGGGAUUCCUCUCUCCACAAUUCCGUGAUGCUCAACCGCGUCACUCUGCCCGGCGAACAUGUCUACAUGACUAUCUCUGCUUACCUGGAGCUGGAGAACAACGCCCAGCCAGCCAUCAUCACCAAGGACCUCUGCAUGGUGGUGUACGGCAGGGACUCACGCACCAUACCCCGCUCCCUUCGUCACAUCUUUAGCGGCUCAUACAAGAAUGCCGAGGCCAACCGGAUCUGCGGGGUCUAUGAGACAGUUCUGAAGAGAGCGACUGAAGCAGGUAGUCCAGGCUUGCAGCGGCGGCAGAGGAGAGUCCUGGACACUAGCUCCACUUAUGUGCGUGGGGAGGAAAAUCUCCACGGAUGGAGACCCAGAGGAGACUCGCUCAUCUUCGAGCACCAGUGGGAGUUGGAGAAGAUCACUCGGCUGACUCAGGUGGAGCGCACCCGACAUGUGCUGCUCCUGAGGGAGAAACUGGGCCUUGGCUCCACCCCACAUGCCACCAGCCACCACCAUGACUUCACCAAGAGCGAGAAGCCCCUUAUCAACCACCAUCAUACUUUCACGCAGGAGGUGGCAAACCAAGCAGCCAAGGCAGGGUGUGAUGCACGUGCUGUCCUCACCCGCUACUCCUCCCGUGACAACCCCCAGACUGACACUGAGACCAUGGGAGAGGCAGAGAAAGCCACUGCCCUCAAGUUUGUCAGACUCAUGCAGCAGGGCCGGUCAGCACAGUCCCUCGCCAAGCAGGAGAUGCCAGCCCAGACCCCAAGUGAUGAUCAGGAUGCCCUCACCACCUCAGUGACCUCCUCUUGUUCUUCCACUGCCUCUGCUGAGCCAUCAUCUCCUGAGAGGCCCCGUGCCCCAGUGCCAGAGCUCCACAUCCCGCUUGGUGGCAGUGCCGUGGUGAACCACGACUCCCCACCAGCCAGCCCAGGAGACUCCCAGGACUCGUCUCCUCUGGUGGAGUGCCGCUCAAUGCCACUCUACGUGCCCGAAGUGGAGGAGAUCCGCAUUUCACCCGUGGUCAGCAGAAAGGGUUACCUCAACGUGCUUGAUGACCGCACCAACACCUGGAUCAAGAGAUGGGUGGUGGUUCGUCGCCCAUAUGUCUUCAUCUUCCGGGACGAGAGGGACCCAGUGGAGCGUGGACUCAUCAAUUUAGUCACUGCACAGAUUGAAUAUUCAGAGGACCAGCAGGCAAUGGUCCGUGUCAGGAAUUCCUUCAGCGUGGUCACCAAACAAAGGGGCUUCUUGCUGCAGACACUGGGAGACAAGGAGGUGCAUGACUGGUUGUAUGCCAUCAACCCACUCCUGGCUGGGCAGAUCAGAUCAAAGUUGGGUCGCCGCAGUCGCCACACGUCAGGCGGCAGCCACCCCAACACCCUCUCAGUGCCCACUAAGUGAGGUGGCUACCCCCUCAUCAUCACCACCACCACCACCACUCCACCCUCAGCCUCCCUUCGGCGCCACCACUCCACCCGUGGCCCCUAAGGUGUCUCGGGUCCCUUGCCACUCACCUACUGCAACAACAACAUCAACACUACUACUCCUCCUCCUCCUCCUCUUAGCCAGAAAGGAAGAAGUGGAAGUGGCGCUGCUACGUAACAGUACUACCACGUCUUAGUGUUUUCAUGUAUGUGUCAACCAGAAUAAUAAAUAAACACGUAUUCCAGAAGCUAAAAAGUAGUCGUGCGUGAGGAGGGCGGCCAAAUGGAAAGAAAGGUUCUCCCUCCCACCCGUCAAGUGGUGGGAACACUCGCUGCGCCUUCAAGGCAAGGUGACAGUCACACUGUGUUUCACCUUCAGGAGACGUGGCUGGCAGGGCCGCGUUGGUACCUCCUUCAGUCUGACCAUCAUUAUAUAUACAUAUAUUUUUUUCUGCCAACCCCUCCCCCUUUAAAAAAAAAGCAUGUAGUAGAAGAGUCAGUACACUUGUCAUAUUUACAUACUACUAUACUGUCUGAGAGAGAUAGGAUGCCUCAUUCUUUGUAUCUGAUGGAAUUCUUAGUUUUGAAAGAUGUUCCAGUAAUGACUGCAUGACUGUCUAUUCUCUAGUCCCUAAGAUGACAAUACUACUCAAAAAAACUGAGCUUUAGAGAGACACUGCAGAUCCCUCUCAUCCCUCUCCCCCCCCCUGCCACCCACAGACAUUCCAAUCCUCUUUAUUCUUGCAGUGUUUGCUGUGUUUCUCCUCCCAAGUGUUCAGUAAAUGAGGACAAACAAUCAUUUUCCCUGAUCAACUCUUUGUUCACCCCACGUGCUUGUUGCCUGUUGCUGUUCCUGGGCCCAACCAGUAUCACUCCCGUAUUGUGAUCAUUACUGUUGACUCAUUAGUGCUGCAAGAUGAUACACAUUAUUACCAAGUUAGGCAGAGAGAGAGAGAGACACACAACACACACAUACACACACACACACACACAUGCACAUUCAUUCUUGUGAUGUGUAGGAGGUAGGUGGGAUGUGAUGUCCUGCCACUCACUAACAUUCCUCUAGAGGCCUGAAUUUUUUAUGUAACCCCACACCAAUAGUGGCCUCUCCAUUACAUUAUGAAGAAAUGUUUGUUUUGAAUUGUCAGGAGCAUUUGUGAACUAUUUCUUUGCAUAGCUCAUCCCUUUCACUCCCACAGCUUCCUCUGCCCUGUCAUGUAAUUCCAGUCAAAGCAGGGCAUGUCUGGUUACUGAAAAGAUUAGGGGUUAAGUCAGGUUUGUAUGGACCUUGUGUUUUUCUGUUCUGUUGUGCUGUAAAUACUUCCUUUUUCAGGACGUAAAAGUCUUCAUGGCCAGACUUGAAUAUUGGAUCUAAUAAUGCCAUUGGCUGUUGCAUAUCACUGACAACAUUCUUGGGAGCAUUGAUGUUUUGCCUUAUUGCCUACCACCCCAGGUUGUCCCACUCAGCACAUCUCACCAGCCACUCACUCACUCAGCUCACUUACUUCCUCCUCCUCAGGACAGUGUCAGUGACUCUCAUCUUGACAUCUUGCUGCAUUGAGGGUGUGAGGGCAGUCAGGUGGGGAUGGACUGGGGGAGUAGUGAGCUGUGUGAGGAUUGUGGUAGGUGUACAUAAGUAUCAACACACACACACACACACACACACACACAGUCUCUCAUCAUGGAUCUCAGACAUGAUUAGCAGAGAGCAUCAACAUUCCCCAGGCUAGAGUUGUGAAUAAGCAAUUCUUGUGAGUUGUGAUAUACAAAAUAAAAAGUAUAUAUAGUAUAAAUAAGGAUAUACGUAUAUAUAUAUAUAUAUAUGUAUGUAUAAAAUAAUUUUUUGAAGAGUUUGAGGAUUUAUAAGAUGCUGUAGAUGGCAGAUUUUGAGGGCAACUUGAACACUAAGGUCAUAAUAUACUAUAGUUUUAUGCUGACCUGUAGGAAUCAGUCCACAACAGCUUCCCUGCCCAACUCGUAAACGUAGAGAAGUGACCUGAGGAACUGCCGCAGCCUUCCCAGUCAUUUCACAACACAACAGUGAGCCCGACAGACUCACACACACCUACCAUGACCCACUACCAGACCAUCCAAGACUGCACCAGUUUAUGAGACAAAGACAAAACCACGGCAGAGAGAGAGAGAGAGUGAGAGAAUAAGACAGGUCUUAGUCAUAAAAGGUGCCAACAGACUACCCAACAGAUGUUAUGGUGCAUUUCACCCUGACCUGACCAUCACCAUUACCAUGACUGCCACCAGAACCACCAUCACCACUAUCCACAUACGUAAAUCUAUACUCCUGCACAAAUGAGCUUGGCACAGAAUGAGUCCUUGGCCUGGAAGCUCUAUUACUCCCUAGAUAGUCACAGUGAGGUGGCAGGAAGUGUUGGUCAUGUGAUCUGGCUCUGGGACCCUUGACCUUACAAAUCCUUGCCCAACCAUUCCCUUUUUCCUUCCCCAUCUCCCCAUCACUCUUCCCUCCCCCCCCUCCACUCCCUCCACUCCCAACCAGAUCUCUCCACUGCGUGCUCUCCUCCUCAGCCUGUCAGCGCUAGCAUUCUGCCUCUGUGAUUGCCCCCAGAAAGGAUCAGCUCUUGCCUUACUGUUUGGGGGGGUUGUGCUAGCCAGUAACAUCUUACGCCACAUGAGACCAGUCAUUUUCAGCCUUAAACGGGCUUUCAGUAAGGCAUUCACUUGUUCAUACAGAGUAUUAGACAUUGAAAGAUAUUUUUGUUUUUGAAUACUCAGACUGGACUACCUAUAUCAUGUGAUGAGACAUUUCAUUUUACUUCUUCCCUCCCUCCCUCCUCCCAUCCUUGUAGAAAGUUGUCAUAACAUAAACAGUAGAGAGUGAGAGAGAGACAGACAGACAGAUCAUAUUAUAUCAGGAUGUUAACCUGGUGACUUUAAAGAAUGAAACCAAAGAUGUUAGCUGGUAAGAAUAAGCGUACUAUCUUUAUCUAGUCACAAGCAUCACCAUUACACACCAAAGUAGAGUUUAUGUUACCAAGAUAAUGUAUAUUGUUUUUGUUGGGUUGCCCAUUUGUUUAUUCAUAUUCAAGAGUUUAAAAAAUCAUCAGAUCAAUGAUGACAAAGAAUAAAGGAGGAUGUCCACUACCUCAGGACAACCUUCAGCUAUGGAUCACGACAUAUUUUUUUUAAGAAAAUUGCAAUUUGGAUAUUAAUAACUAGUGAUAUUAUGUUAUAAUAGAGUAUAUCUCAAACAGUUAUUUAUGAAACUCACUGUAAAGCUUGAUGUUUACAAUGAUAUGGCCAAAUGUAAUAACUCA